AUUUCAAUUAUUUUAGACAUGUAGCGUUUGAUGCAGAUGGGGUUGUAUUAAGAGUACUGAGAUUUGUGGUGUUUGCUGUUUCAAUGAUAUUAUUAUGCCAUCUAAAAUGUGAAGGGAUAUUUGAGGUGCAGUUGGUUCAUGACAGAAAAUGUGUCAUUACAUUAUAAUAACUAGUUGUAUAUUUUUUCAUUUAUUCGUGGAGUAAAAAAGACUUGUUAAUUGUAAUAAUGACAGCAGCUGAUAUGAGUUAAUGAAUUUAUUUUGUUUUAUUGGUUUUCUGUAAAGGUUUUCAACCUAACUCAAAACUCCAAGCUAACUUAAAAAACUCCAACAAAACCGAUUGUGUGGAAUAUAAAUGCUGUGGACUUGGAAAAUAAACAUGAAGCUGUUGAUCUUGGUAGCUGCUUUACUGGCCGUGACCAGUGCUGCCAGCAUAUCUCUGGAGGACCCAGAGGUCCAUGCCUCUAAAACUGCGAUGCAGAGGAAAAAGGAAUAUGACGUGGAACUCUAUGACAAUAACAGCGGAGAUAUAGACCAGGAAUUUGAGAUCUGGAAGAAGAAAUAUGGUAAGACCUACGCUACCCCUGAAGAGGAGGCUGGUCGGAGGCAGGCCUGGCUGAAGACCAGGGUCAGCGUGACGGAGCACAACCGCAAGUAUCUGGCCGGGAAGGAGACUUGGACAAUGGGGGCAAACAUGUUCGCUGACCUGCUUGAAGGUGAACAUAUUUGCUGAAUAGAUGCUGGAUUGGCCGUGGUGUUGGCGGGGCUGUAGGAAUGAUGUAGCAGUGGGCAUCGGUCACUGACGCCUCUUCUCCUCCACCCGUCUUCUUCAUUAAAGAUGCUCUCCAUGCAGA